CUGCGGCUGUUGCGGCGGUUUUUUUAUCGGCCCAUUAUCGCGUUAUUUCCUGCUGCGACGGUGCUUUCUCGUGUUUGUGAAUGCUAGUUCCUGACAAUUCUCUGCUCUCAUGGGACACCACGAUAGUCUAGCUUUCAGGAUUGAGAGGAUCAGCGAGUUGCAAUCGUAUUGAGGCUGUUGUAGCUGGAUGGGCAACGUAACCGCCAACGUCACACGCCGCCCCUGAUACUCAACCACAGUAUAAAUAGUGCUUGGAGACGGCGUGUUGAAGUAUUUCGAAGCCGAAGUAUGUAUCACUUCGUGUAAACCUACCAUUGGCAUUCGGAUCAGUGUGUAGAAUGCAUCAGUUAGCUAGUAAGGGUUCGGCGUGGAACACCGCCGCUUGGGUGUGGAAGGAUCACAUAGAAUUGUAGCCGUUGUCAACGAUUUCUAGAAUGGCGACAUUGGGAUAUGAAGCUCAGAGUUGGAAAGAAGGAAUUCUGGUGGGACACCUCCUGGUUUUUAUCGCUGCAGCCUACUGCUAUUGGAUAGUUAGAAGAUUCUCAUUAGGGUUUCCUCGCCUCGUCGCGUCCACUCCAGCAUUGGCAGUGUAUACACUCGUACCCUUUAUUUGGAGCCACGACACUCAUCUAACUGGUGUAGGUUGUUUCUACUGCAUAGUCACAUGGAUAGCUUCGUUCAAGGUGUUGCUUCUCUGCUGGGGUACUGGUGCUGGGUGUGACCCCUGGGUAGAACCAAUCUUCCCGAGGUUUGCAAUUGUGAUGAUGUAUCCUGCUCACGUGAAGCAGACUGGAAAAGUGGUGAAGCGCGUCCCUGUGAAGUACUCUUCACUGAUAGAUUACGUCUCCAAGUCGGAGACAUGGUAUAUGCUUUUUGCCAGAUCUGUAGUCAAAUCCGUCGUACUGGCUUUACUGCUGCAAAUAACUGUGUCAAGUCUAGACACCCUCCCGUUGAUUGUCCUCCACCUUCUAACAACGCUCCAGUUAUAUCUCUUUGCAACGACUUUGCUCGAAGUUCUGGCUGCAGUGGCAAACUUCUUCUUUGGUGUCACGAUCGAACCCCACUUCGAUAAUCCAUUUGUCUCAGUCUCGCUCCAAGAGUUCUGGGGUCAGCGGUGGAACCUUCUUGUGAGCAGCUGCCUCAGGGAAACAGUGUACAAUCCCGUUCUACACCUUCUACAGCGUUCUGAUGAUAAGCCGGAAACGUCUGACCAGGCUCUGUCCACCAACCUGGCUGAGUCGGAAGAUCUAUUUCUAACGCGCCGCUCCAAAAGAUCCUCUGGAGUAACUAACACAGAUUUUUCAAAGGCUCAAGGGGCUAGGCGAAAGUUCGACUUAGAUAAAUUAAUAGCACUGCUUGCGUCGUUCUUGGUGUCUGGAAUAAUGCAUGAGGGGGCAGUAUACUAUAUGACUUGGAAUGCUACGUGGCGGAUGACAAGCUUCUUCGUCGUUCAUGGGGUGGCCGUUGCCUUGGAGACAGCUUGGAAAAUUCAAUACCCUAAGACAAGGCCGUCAAGGGUUGUCUCUACGCUUCUCACGUUAAGCUUUACUUUUAUAACAGCGCAUUGGUUGUUUUGGCCACCAGUAGACUGCAAAAUUGCCAUCAUAUCUUCGGAACUGCUGAAUCUUCGGUUCUGAUGCGGCAUUUAUCUCGAUGCAGUAGGUGUGUCGAUCACUUGUGAUGAUGUCGAAGGUGAUGUACAACACAAGUUCUUCAACAUUGUAUCCAGGCAAUGAAUUCCUAGAAAACAAGGGUGACGUCGAAAGACUAUUGACUAGUCCAAGUAGCUAGAAAGUGUGCAGAUAGAGUUCGAACAUUACUUUUCAACAAUUUAGGACACAAAAACCAUGACAAGGAGAUGAGACUAUACUCCAACAAAAGUAUUACUCAAUCGAAAGAAAUAUCUUUGUUUCAGAAGCCAAAGAUAUCCAUCAGUAUGAA